GCAUUUGAGUCUCGAGCAGUGGGCACACAGCGACUACGUCGCCAUGUGGGUUCCGAGGUCACUGGGUCGCUCCCUGAGUCAACUGAAGAGCAUUGGUUCCGGGCCGUUUGCACGCCAAAUCAGCGCCAAGAUCGUGAAUGAAUCGAGCAUCGAGGUUCAGCCGGAGGCGGAUGGCAAGCCUCUGGUUUUCCCGGGCAUUUGGCUGCGUGACAAUUGCAUGUGCGAGGAUUGCUUUCACGGCAGCUCCAAGUCGCGCAAGCUGGACUGGGAUAGCUUCGACACCCGCAUCCGGCCAGUCAGCCUGCGGACAGAUGAGCAGUGCCAGGAAGUGCUGGUCAAGUGGAGCGAUGCACACGAGAGCAGAUUCGCAUUGAGGUGGCUAAAGGAGCGGAGUUUCGAGCCCGAUGCACAGCAGAAAUACCUGCGGGAGUUCUACAGACCCACAACUAGAAACUGGGCGGGCUCGGAGUUCCAGGAGAUUGCGCGGCACUUCAGCUACGAGGAGGUAAUGGCCCAGGACUCGGUGCUGAUGCAGUGGCUCCAGGCGCUGGCCGUCUACGGGGUGGCUCUGCUCCGGGGAGCGCCGCUGGACGAGGGCGUGGUGCGGCGACUGGCGGACCGGGUGGGCUUCAUCCGGCGCACCACCUACGGCGAGGAGUUCGUGGUGCAGGCCAAGCCGGGCGCCCAGAACUUCGCCUACCUAUCGCUGCCACUGCCCCUCCACACGGAUCUGCCCUACUACGAGUACAAGCCCAGUGUGAACAUCCUGCACUGUGUGGUCCAAACGGACUCACCUGGCGGCAGCAACAUGCUAGUGGAUGGCUUCCAUGUCGCCGACCUCCUGCGACGCGAUCAUCCCGAGGACUUUGAGCGGCUCAGCCGCGUGGUCAUCGAUUGGAACGACAUAGGCAGCGAGGAUGGCCGAGAGUUCCACAACAUCUGGCGGGCACCAGUCAUUUGCUUGGACGCCGAGGGGCGCUGCACGCGGAUCAACCACAGCGUUCCGCAGCGGGACAGUCACUUCAACGUGCCGCUCGAGGAGGUCCUGCCCUGGUACGAGUCCUACGCCCGCUUCGUGCGCCUGGCCAUCGCGGACAGCCACGCCUUCAAGACGCGUCCCGGCGACGUCCUGACCUUCAACAACAUUCGCCUGCUCCACGGACGCACUGGGUACGACGACUCCAAAGCGAGUCCGCGCUACAUUGUGGGCGCCUAUCUCGACUGGGACAUCAUCUACUCGCGCCUGAGGGUUCUGCGGAAGCGCUUGACUGCGAGUUGCCAAUAAAAAGAGAUGACAUAUU